AUGCCUCUUUUCUUUGAAAACCCUUCCCCCCGUUCUGAGCCCAUCCAGUCCAUCUGCUGCAUUGGUGCUGGCUACGUCGGUGGCCCAACAUGCGCUGUGCUUGCAUGGAAGUGUCCGAACAUCUGCGUCACCAUCGUCGACAUCUCGCAAGAGCGCAUCGAUGCUUGGAAUAGCGAUGAGCUUCCCAUCUUUGAGCCCGGAUUGGAGGAGAUUGUCAAGUCUCGUCGAGGGAAGAAUCUCUUCUUUUCGACAGACAUCGAUGCUGCUAUCAUUGCUGCCGAUCUCGUAUUUGUUAGCGUCAACACUCCCACCAAGACGAGAGGCGUGGGCGCCGGGUAUGCUGCGGAUCUGCAAUACGUCGAGGCUGCCACGCGACGCAUCGCGCUCCUAUCCACCAAGAGCAAGAUCAUCGUAGAAAAAUCGACGGUUCCUUGUCGCACAGCCGAAUCCAUGCGAGCGAUUUUGGAUGCUACAUCUCCUCGUCCUGGCGUUCACUUCGACAUUCUGUCGAAUCCGGAGUUCCUUGCUGAGGGAACGGCAGUACAAGAUCUCUUGAAGCCUGACCGCAUCCUCAUUGGCGCUCUCAACACCAAGAGCGGCAAACUUGCGCAGGAUCGCUUGGCGAAUGUCUAUGCUACCUGGGUCGAGCGUAGCGCUAUUAUCACCACCGGUCUUUGGUCAAGCGAGUUGACAAAAUUGGCCGCCAAUGCGCUCCUCGCUCAGCGGAUCUCGAGCAUCAGCUCGCUCGCAGCAAUUUGCGAGAAGACAGGCGCCGAGAUCGACGAGGUAGCUCGAGGCUGCGGCAAGGACUCGAGGCUGGGUCCGCACUUUCUUAAAGCCGGCCUGGGCUUUGGAGGCAGUUGUUUCCAGAAGGACAUCUUCAAUCUCAUAUACCUCGCCGAGACUUUCUCUCUUCAACCUGUGGCGGACUACUGGCGCCAAGUACUCGUGAUGAAUGAGUGGACAAAGGCUUCUUUUUCGCGCACCAUCAUUCGUCAUAUGUUCUCGACGGUUAGCAACAAGAAAAUUGCCCUUCUGGGCUUCGCCUUCAAGAAGGACACCGGCGAUACCCGCGAGUCUCCUGCCAUCAGCAUUGCUCGCGACUUGCUCGUUGAGGGAGCGGAAGUGUACAUUUACGAUCCGAAAGUAAGCGAGCGCAACAUGCGUCAGUGCUUGGGCGCCUUCAGCAACUUCCACUUCUCUUCUUCGGUGGAAGCUGCUGCCUUGAACGCCUCUGCAGUCGUGGUUGCCACAGAUUGGGACGAAUUCAAGCCUAGUAGUAGUAGCGGUAAGACCGCCGCUGCCAUCGACUGGACCAGCAUCUACGCCAACAUGAACCGCCCAGCAUUUGUCUUUGACGGUAGAGGCAUACUAGAUACCGCCGCGCUCCAAAACAUUGGUUUCAAAGUUCACACCGUUGGUCGAGGCAACUUGGUUGACACGCUGUCGUGA